AUGUUAGACAGUAAUAUAACUUACUUCGCCUUUGAUUCGAACUCUCCAGAUUAUUCUGAAGGAUUCAAGGCUUAUAAAUGUGCAGGCGAAGUAUACUGUAUUAAGUGCUCUGACCUGUCAAGUCCGCAGACUUCUCCUAAACCUAAAGAAUUAAUUCAUCUUUUCACUCCAAUUGACAAAGAAAAGGAAAUGAAAUAUUGCUUUAGUUAUUGAAUAAUUAAUAGUAAAUUAAGCUUUUUGUCUAUCAGACAAUUUAAGGGAAAAGUGCAUAUCAAGCUCUCAAUAGAGACCUCUUGAACCUUUUGAAUUCUUUAGAAGAGUCAAUGGAAUCAGUUAAUUUAGAAGAUCAUACACCGAUUAUACCGCAUGAAAUUUCUCUUAAAAUGCCAGCUUCAUCAUCUCUCCAAAGAAGAAGAGCGAAAUCAGCACAUUCAUAA